AUGACUUUAAACGAGAAUAACAAUUAUAACAUGUCAGGACUCUCGAUACUAGGAUCAAACAAUACUCUUCUAGAGUUGAAUAACAAAUCAUCAGCUUCGAAUGGGAAUUGUCGGCUUUCGCUGACUGGAUCUAAUUUUUCGCAAUGGGAGAUGGGUAUUGGUGGUAUUAGCCACGGUGUUUACCCUGGCGGACUCUAUUGGGCUACGGGUGGCACGAAUAAAAUGGUUCUGACAGCGGCUGGGCGAUUGGGGGUAGGAGGAGGCAUGGUAUACCGAUUACGAACGGACUCACGAGUGACCGAAUCAGCUCUCGGACCUAUUACUUAUACAACUAUGUCAGCCAUUUUCGACGGGUAUCUGGCAGCCACGGCGACAUACCAGUGGAAGGAUCAGCGCGAUCGGUAUCCAGAGAUUGGAUUGUUGGCUCAGGACGUACUCGAUGCCGGCUUCCUGGAUUUAGUAGCUUAA